GGAGUAACUAUAGUAUUUCCAAUUGUUUAUGGAAAUGUUGCAACUUUACUGCCACAAAAAAAAGUUCCAGAUUCAGAUCAUACACAUAAAUGGACCGUAUCAGUAAAAGGGAUCAACGGACAAGAAAUUGGUCAUUUCGUUAAAAAGGUUACUUUCAAAUUACACGAAACUUAUUCUAAUCCACAGAGGGUUGUCGAACAUCCUCCUUUUGAGAUUACGGAAACUGGAUGGGGUGAAUUUGAACUUUCAAUAAAACUUCAAUUUAUCGAAGGUAGUGAAAAACCUGUUACCCUUUAUCACAAUCUUCGUCUUCAUUCUUAUGAAGAUGAUGGCUCAAUUUCAACUUCAAGCAAGAAUAAACCGGUUCAAAGUUUUCAAUACGAUGAACUCGUAGAACAAGAUGAACUUCGUAAGAUUGAAGAGGCUUACAGAAAAGUUCAAGAACAGAUGACUAUAUAUAAAAAUAGAAAUGAUAAAAUAACAAAGGAAUUAGAAGAAGUUAAAGCAGAGUUAGAAC